AAUGCAAUAUGUUAUAAUCAAAUAUUACACCACACCACAUCAGGCACAUAGAAUAUAAAAGAAAGAUGGCAUGAUAACUUUUUCUAAGAACUAUAUACAGAAUGCAAUUAAGGAAAACUGAAAGAGGGGCUGGAGAGAUGGCUUAGAGGUUAAGAGCACUGGCCGCUCUUCCAGAGGGCCCGGGUUCAAUUCCCAGCACCCACAUGACAGUUCACUGUCUGUAACUCCAGUUCCAGGGCAUCUGGCACCCUCGCACUAAUACACAUAAGACUAAAAAUUAGUAAAUUUUUUUUUAAUAGGAGAAAGCUGAAGGUAGAAAUGAACAUUGUAGUCACAGGACAGGGGCAGUGUGACUCAAGUCUGCUGCUGCCCACUGUCUUGGGAUGUCUUCUUUGGCAAAGGAGACAUUUAUGAGCAUUUGGCAAGUCACAGCACCCUAGUGACAUUUCCUUCAUUACAGACAGUCCUGAUAGUGACAGGAGAGUGUGGAGUGUCCUCAGAAUUCUUACUGUGCCAUAGCAACAAUAAAAGCUCAGUUUGUUUAUGAACAUUAUGCUGGAGGCUCAUAACAAAAGCAUAAGGUAAUGCAUCAUUUCCUAUUAACCAUUAAUUGGCUGUAAGAGUGCUAAUUAUGUGCAAAUGGAAAUGGUUCCUGAGUGUGGGGAAAGGGAUACUCACAUGCUGAGAAGCAGGCGUCAUGGCUCAUCUGACCCAGCGCAGACUGACCACAGACACCACCGAGUUGGAGGUGUGGGACAGCGGGAUUGCCCGGGAGGUGAACAGGUCCUUAUUCUCCCCUGCGGUGGCCAACCCCUUCAUGCAGCACACUCACCUCAGUGCUUGGCGCUGGGCCUGCACCAUCCUCCUGGGGACCGUGCUGGUACCUGUGCGUGUGUCCUGCAUCGCCUUCCUCUUCAUCUUCCUCUGGCCGAUGGCCACACUCACCACCAUUAACUUGCCUACUCAACCUACCAAACCCAUGAAGAGUUGGCGGAAACAUCUGAUGAAGCCAGCGCUCCUGUUCCUGUUUCGUAUGACGUUCUUUCUUGCUGGGUUCCUGAUUAAGGUGAAGGGGAAAAGGGCCACCAGAGAGGAGGCCCCCAUCUUCGUCACCGCGCCACACUCCACCUUCUUUGACGCCAUCGCCGUCAUUGUGGCAGGGCUCCCUUCUGUGGUCUCUGCAAGUCAGAAUGUGCAGAUUCCAUUGGCUGGGAAAUGCCUCCUGUCAACUCAGCCUGUGCUUGUGAAACGCGAAGACCCGAAUUCUAGAAAGACUACCCGGAAUGAAAUCCUGACUCGAGUGAUAUCCACAAUGAAGUGGCCGCAGAUUCUGAUUUUCCCGGAGGGAGUAUGCACCAAUCGCUCCUGUCUGGUCACGUUUAAACUAGGAGCCUUCUCCCCAGGCGUCCCUGUGCAGCCGGUGCUGCUGAGGUACCCCAACACCCUGGACACCGUGACCUGGACCUGGCAGGGGUUCACAGGCUUCCAGGCAUGCAUGCUGACUCUGAGUCAGCCCUUCACUAGAGUGGAAGUUGAGUUUAUGCCUGUUUAUAUCCCGAGUGAAGAAGAGAAGAAAGACCCCGUCCUUUUUGCCAACACAGUCCGAAUCAACAUGGCAAAUGCUUUGAGACUCCCUGUGACGGAACACACUUUCGAAGACUGCAGACUGAUGAUUUCUGCUGGUGCCCUUCAACUACCCAUGGAAGCUGGUUUGGUGGAAUUUACGAAAAUCAGUCAGAAAUUGAAAUUAGAUUGGGACAAUAUCCACAAGCACUUGGACAAAUAUGCUGCAAUUGCAGUCUCCUCAAAAGGAGGCAAGAUUGGAAUUGAAGAGUUUUCAAAUCAUUUAAAACUCCCAAUUUCAGAGCCCUUGAGACAGCUUUUUUCUCUCUUUGACAGGAAUCACGAUGGCACCAUAGACUUCCGAGAGUAUGUGAUAGGUCUAACUGUCCUGUGCAACCCUUCCAACACGGAGAAGAUUCUGCAAAUGUCAUUUAAACUUUUUGAUCUUGAUGAGGACGGCUAUAUAACAGAACAAGAGUUAACAACUAUACUCCGUGCAGCUUUUGGAGUGCCAAACCUAGAUGUUUCCACACUCUUUCAGCAGAUAGCUGGCAAGGAUUCAGCGCAAGUGUCAUACAUGACCUUUAGGAAGUUUGCCCUGAAGCAUCCAGCCUAUGCCAAAUUAUUUAAUUCAUACCUAGACCUCCAGGCAGCCUAUGUAUAUUCAUUACCACAAGAAGUAAAAGUGCAUCUGUAGCAUUAAAAAAUGUUCAGGUCAUUUUGGAAACAGGGGAAGAACUUUUAGUUGGAAACCAUGAACUAAAUAAAAAAAGUAUCAAUUGUGGAAAA